GUUUUCGCAUGUUUUUGUUAUAAUUUAUGUUUAACAAUUAAAUAAUUUUGUCGUGUUUAAAGAUUGUGAAUUCAAUACUUGCAUAUGUACAAAAGAAAGUUGCCUUCUUUGUUUACACUUAUGGGGAAAAUUGCGCUGUUAUGGGUUAUUGUUUUGUGCUGAAGGUUAUUGGGUCGUAUUUAUUGUUUAAAAGACCAUGGACCGUGACCCAGGAGGCCAGCAUGUGAUGUCCUUAAGACUGUCCAGAGUUCUGAGGGACAUCGGCGUGACCAAACAGAUGGUGACUCGGAGGAGGAGGUCAUCCCUGUUUAUGGAAAAGACUAGAACUGUGUGGAAUAUAGAACAAAAUGAAAAAGACAGGACAUAUGUCUUCGGUAGCCAAUCGGAAGGGACAACGACUCUAGGCAUGAAAUCAGAUACAGAUGUUCUAAAAUGUUUCAACGGUUUCAUUGUGAUAAAAGACUGGGCAGACUGGGAGCCAGGGAAGGUGUGUCUUCUGUUAGUAAAGAACGAUCGUUCUCCGCCCCAACACUGCUGUAUACAAAUUGUGAAACGUGACUGUCCACUGCCUGAAGCACUAGACAAUGUGAAUGCAAAAUAUGAUGUCGAAGAGACUUUGGAUGGAAGGGUGCUGUUGAAAAACACUUUCAUAGAUAGUGUGUUGGAGCAGCAGUAUGGUCGGUUAUUUAGGAAACAAGGGCCAUCGAGAAGUAAUAACAAAAAUGUAGACAUCAUAAUCGCGUUUAGAUACAGUGGACUACUGUUUGAAUGCAAUUACCUAUUCACAAGACCAAAGCCUGGCCACUGGCCGAGACCUGAAAUACUCGCGAAGGCACGUCUGUGUGAAACAUUCCUCGUCGCACAAGGUCACGCCGAGAGUGAUCAGUCAAAACUGGAAUGGAGAUUCUCUACGUCACUGAUUGAAAGAUUGCUCAUGUUUGAUCUCAAUAUUUUUAAAAUACAGGUUUAUACAUUUCUAAAGAUCUUACGAAAGUCUUUCUUCAAACCGUUAGUUGGUGAUAGACUGAGCACGUUUCAUUUAAAAACCGCUUUUUUGUUCACCCUUGAGACAUAUCCUCCAGAAAUCUGGCAGGAACGUAACCUGCUGCAGUGCGUUAUAUUCUGCCUUAAAACUCUUCAAAGAUGGUUCAACCUUCGGCACUGUCCACAUUACACGAUCUCGGGAGUGGACCUAUUUGUGGGAAAACUGAGAAAUUGGGAGUUUCCUCUCCUAUCAACAGUUCUGUCUGACAUGAUAGACAACAUCAUGGACUACGUCUCCCAGAUAGAAAUGGACCAGAUAGGGGAGAGAAUCGUCGACAGAUCCAGAGCAGUCAGUACAAGAUAUCAGAACACAUUGGCUACAGUUAGAAAAUGCUUUGAUGCAAAUAUGACGGAAAUAAUCAGUGUUUAUUUCUUCUCGACGAUUAAAAGAAAUAACAUUUCCAAAACAAAGAACAUUAUCAUAAAAAUUCAGGAGAUUCUAAAUGAAUCGGAUAUACGGUCAGAAUUACAACAUGCAGUUAAAUGGAUGUUGAAAAUCAAUACAUUGCCACCAUGGCGGCAUCUGCGUGUCUUCACUGGAACCAGCCAAUACCACCAGACAUUUACCGCCUGUAUGAGGCCUCCCUAGACUCUGACCUCACCUCUAGCAGAUUGAAGUUGGCAUCCAUGAUGUACUGCAGUGGUCAGUAUGAGAGGGCGGAAUUGGUGUUGGCCUACACGGAGGGACUGCUGCAUGCCGAUGUGUGGCAGUUUAGUCGAUGUCCAGGAAGGUCGUUACCAGAGCCUUCUGAGAGGUUUCUACAAAAGGCUUAUGAGAUUCCUGUUUUAGAAGUGCUUAAACGACAUGUUGCAUGCAGCGUUGUUUUUAAUUCAUUAGAGGUAUGCUGUGUACCCUGGUUCCUAGUAUACGAGAUGCAUAGAACGAUUCGUCCUGAAGAUUUUCACCACAGAAAUCCAAUACAUGAAAAAUGGAUUGACCUUGUAGUGAUUGACUCCAAACCAUUCAUGUUCUACCUGCAGUAUCUCACAUUCAGACAACUUGGAGAAGAAGAGAGAAAACUGGAAGCACUAGACAAGUUAUUUAAUUAUGUUUGUUUUCAGAGUCGAGGGAGUGGACAUAUAGAGACAGCCCUCCAUGUACUUGGUCACUGCUAUGAACUAGAGAACCAAUAUGAUUUGGCAUGGACAUGCUAUAGAAAAUCCCUCAAACUCUUCCCCUAUAACAACGCAGCUAGAUGGCAUAUCAUGAGACUCCUCCAGCAGUCAUAAAGAAUAGAUUAGAAGUACAUAGCAUAUCAUCCAAAAUAUGUUAUCUUCGAUAAUCCAAAUUACAUUUAUCAAAGGGUUGUCAUCUCUAUUGCUACGCAAGUGCAAUUGGUGACAUAAUAACAAUUAAACAAACUUCAAGAUGUUUCAUCGAUAACAAUUAUUUGUUUCGGACAUUACAUCUUUAGUCGAAAACAUACAAAUGCAUAUACAUAUAUUGAACUGUUUUGUAAUUAUUCCUAAUGAAUUGACUUGCCCCUAAUAUUUAAUACAGGAACAGGAAAAUUGUUUUUAAGAAUUCAUAUAAAGCAGAUUCAAGUCUGACUCUGAAUAUAUUCAGACAAAUACAUUUCAAUUUAGAGAAAGUCUCCGUAAUUGUUUGCAUUGCUUUUUAUAUACAUUUUCUAUAUUCAAAACAAUAAAACAUUUGAGUGAAACUAACUAGAUCAACAACUACCAAUACUCUGUAAAUGAACGAAAUUCUCAAUACAAUGCUUUAUUUUGUCAUUGAAAUCCAAUCUUGGUGCCUGUAAAAAAAUGUUUGUUUGUUUAAACACAUUUUUUUUCAAUAUAUGUAUCAAUAUCAGCUUGCAACAGUAUUUGUGAUAUAUGAUACGAU